CUAGGUAGUUCAACAACCUUCUCUUUCCCCUAUAUAUAACAAGCAUAUGUAUUGCAAAGGGAUUUCAUACAUUGAAACCAUAUCUUAUAGCAACAAUAAAGAGAGAUGAGUGCGUGGUUAGGUGCAAGAGAGCUUUCAAUUGAAUGGGCGGACAAUCCUCAGCAUUGGACUUGGAACUAUAUUCACAACUCCGGUGUAGAAGUAGUUGAGCUUCUGAACGUUUGUUGGCUCGACAUUCGAGGAAAGAUAGACACAAGUCGACUCGCUCGAAAAACUAGUUAUUCGGCAUAUUUGGUGUUCAAGCUGAAAGAUAAUCAUUGCGAACUUGAAAGGGCUAUUGCAUCGGUGAGAUUCGUGAAGGAAAAAGCCGAGGGCACGGAUGAAGAAGGCUACACCGUUUUUAUCUCAAAGGUGAAGGGACAUGAAGGAGAACGUGGCAAAUUCGCGUAUCCGCGAAGCGAUGGAUGGAUGGAAAUAAAGCUAGGUGAAUUUUUCAACAACUUUGGAGAAGAUGGUGAAGUUGAAAUGAGGUUGAUGGAGAACAAAAAUCCUAAUUGGAAAUCUGGGAUUAUUGUUAAGGGGAUUGAUAUUCGUCCAAAUUAAAUUGAGAUCCAUCUAGUACUAUUGUUAUUUGGGACUAAUGUCAUGUCUCUAUGUUUAAGUAUUAUUUUCAAUGUGAUGAUGUUAGCUAUUGGGGGAUCUUAGUAGUUCAGGUGAUCGAUAAUUUUUACUUUGUCAGUAAAAAUUUAAUUCCUCACCUAGUUGUGUUCGGUUUGUUUGUCUUUUGUGUUGUUUAUGACUUCUUUUAAGUCUCUAUUUUUGUGUAAGAGUAAGCUUGAAGUCCUUUGUGUUUUCUAUCUAAUUUCAAAUCAGAAAUAAGAGCUUUUGAA